CAGCAAAAGCAGCAGCUCAGCAGCAUCUCGCUUAAUUUUUUUUUGUUGGCUCGUUGCCUGCGCUCUGCUGACUCGCUCAUUCAAUAGGGCGAUUCGCGACGGUUUCAGUCUGUCCUCGAUUGGUAUAGUAAACCCUCUUCGCCGUCGUGUCGUGUCUGUGUAUAGCCAUCAGUCGUUUAGCGUAUAGUGGAGUGCAUUGUAGUAGUACAUCCUACGUCGGAGUGGAGGAAGUGUGUAAAAUUUUAUCGCAAAAGGAACGUCUUUCCUCAUUUUUACAUUCGUGCACUCGGUUCGCGAUUUGUCGGGCAGUAGUUUUCGUAACGAUUAGAAGAAAAAAAAUGGAAGUUCUCUAGUUUGUGCCAAAGUUGGAGAUUUUCCAUUUCGGCUGAGAAGCAAUCCAGUGCGGAAGAAAACGAGCGUUUCUAGAAAAUAUAAAGUGAUUCAUUAAUCGAAAUAAGUGGCGAUGAAAAUGGAAGGGCACUAAUGCAAAAAAGGAAGAUUUUGCUUGUUUGUCGUGUGUGCGCUGGGAAAUCCCAGCUGAACAGUGAAUUAUUAUUGUCUCCUCAAAAGCAGCUGUAAGGCGUAAAAUAUUUUGCUAGUGGUUAACGCCCCAUCAGAGGUGUAUCUGGAGAAAAUUCUACUCCCACCACCUCCAGCGCCGCCGACAGCAGUGGUUCUUGUCGUGGAGAAACUGUCAUGAACUCCAGAAUAAAGGAGGAUGUCAGCCGACUGUUCGAGUACUGGUGUGAAAUUGCUCCCGGGACUGCGUCGCCGACGACGGUAUCACCUUCGACGACGAGUCCGGCCCCGACUCCGGGGGACAACAGUGCGGGAUACAUUGUGCAGAGCUUUCCGGAGUCGUUCAAGGAUGCCAAGGUGAUUGCGGAUAUACCGGCGUUUGCAUUUCCCUGCUCCUUCGAGAGGCGUACAAUCCAGGUGCAUUCGUUUGUACUGACCAAUAUCGAUUCCAAGUGGCGGUUCGGGUUCUGCAGGCAUGAUCCGAAAUCGCCCACGGCGAUGGUCAUCGUCACCUACCUGCCAUGGCACGACACCUUCAUCCGCUUUUUGAACGUGCUAGCGGAGGUGCGAAAAAAUUCUCAAGCCGAAUUCGAGUCAUUCCUGGCGGAAGCCUACAAUAAGGGGGUCCCCGAGCCCGGAGGGUGCCUCAAGCUGCAGUAUGAUAGGCCCGUGCAAACGUUUAGCUUUCAGAGGCCGCAGCAAUUUCUGCUACCCAGUAUCCCAGAGAAUCAUAAUCUGAACCUGUACUACAACUUCGUGGAACCGAAGUUUAUGAUAGGAAUCUUCGCCGCGAUGCUGGCAGAGCGGAGAAUAAUCUUUGUGUCCCGCCGACUGGACGUUCUCGCGUCCUGUAUUCAGGCUGCAAACGCAUUCCUCUACCCGAUGGUGUGGCAGCACAUCUUCAUUCCGGUGCUGCCGAUGAAGAUGAAGGACAUCCUGGGUGCCCCGAUGCCCUUCCUGAUUGGCGUACCGGAGGCCGUGUACGAAUCACUCCGCCGGGAGGAAGUUGGUGAUGUCGUCAUACUGAACUGUGAUAAACGAACGCUGGAAACGCCGUUCGACGAUGUGAAAAACAUGCCACAGGAACUGGUCGCCUCGUUAAAGAAACAUCUGGCCAACCCGGCCGAACAUCGGGGCGAUCGGGUAUCGAAGAUAUUUUUAGGUAUAUUAGUGCAAUUAAUAGGCGGGUAUCGGGACGCGGUAAAGUUCAACGACAAGAUAACUUUCGAUCCGGACACGUUCAUCGACACCCGGCCGUCGCAUUUGAGGCCAUUCCUAGCGAACAUGCUGCAGUUGCAGAUAUUUCAGCAGUUUAUCGAAGAGCGGUUGGACAUGCUGAAUACCGGUCAGGGUUUCUCGGAUGAGUUCGAGGUGGAAUGCUUCCGCUAUGCGGAAAAGUCAGGACGUAAGGUGAAACAGUACAAGGAUCUGCUGAAGAAUUUUAAAGAUAAGACCAACCCGGCCGUUCGAUCCGCUGUGAAAUCGGUGAAAGAAGGCGGCAAAGGAAUGAAAACGGCCUACAAAGGGCUCCGGUCGAAAUUCCGCGAGACAACACCGCCCAAAUCGAAGCUUGACAGCAGUCUUCACUCGCACGUGUCCCAGUAUGACAUCGGGCACCAGUCGGCACCGAAUUCGCCCGUUUUCAACAAACGACCGCAGACGAUCGCCCUGCCGGACGAUUCGUACCACAAUCACGCGCAAAUGCUGACCCCCUCGAGCACAUCGUUGUACAACUCACCGCACAUUAUGAUGAGCAAUAGUAGCCAUAACAAUUACAACACCAUCACCGGGUGCAGUACCAGUACGAUGAACAACAACUUCAGCGCCGCCAGCAACAAUAACCAUAACCACCACUAUAACACCAGCAGCAGCAGCGACGUGCGAAGUCCGUCGCUUAGUCUGAGCCCGACCAGUUCGAAUUCGUCGUCAGAGAUGAACUUGCUCCAAGAGCUGCAGCAUCUGGCGCUGUUUAAGUCGCCGGCGGUCAACCGAAAUCUCAAACCAGCGUACAGUAUGGAUUCAACCCAGCGACCAUCGUCCCGAACGGGAGCCCCACUGAGUCCACCCGGCUCGGGACAAAUGCUACCUCGAAUACAGGAAGCGCCGCUAGCAUCAGUGUUCAAGGCGCAACCAUUACUACAACUGGAUCUCAACACUGGUACCGUUCCGGUGGGAUCCGUACUCAAUGAAAAUGGUCAAUCAGAAAACAACUACAACAACAACGAUCACAACUUUGAUCUCUCACCGGACAUGCCCUGUCCUCCAGUGCCCCCGCGUCGUUUCCAAACGGCGGCCGAAGCGCUGGCCGCCAUCCAAAUAACACCCCCGCCAAUGUCACCCCCUUCGUCUUCCUCGUCAACCUCGGCGUCCCCUUAUCGAAACUAUAACUUCCUCCACCAAACUGCCAUAAUGCAAUCCAAAGCAAACCAGCCGGUUUCGAAUCCGAACACAACCGGACAACCAUCCUCAUCGGUUAAUGGUUUACCACCUUCGCUUCCAUCGCCACCACCGCCACCGCCCCUGAAAGCGAGCCGAAACGAUCCGCUAGUGACGCAGUUCGACGAUGACGAACUGAUCACCUUAAUGCCAAAUAACUCCACCAAUGCUAGUAGCCAAAUCGUAUUGCAACCGACCGGCGGAGGCGACAGCGAUAGCAACAACCAUUUCAACAGUACGCAGCCACCGCACGCUCCCUUUCACCAUAACAACCACCACAAGCCACCGGCUCCGCAGCCACCGCAGAGGCCACCGCUGGCACCGAAGCCCACCUUCCGAAAAGAGUCUAACAUCGAUGUGGUUGACGCUAAUGCACUCACCACUACCGCUACAGCAUCCAUAUCCCCUGUGCCCAGAACGGGGUUCACAACCCCCAUCAAACCCCCGUCGCCAUUUGCCAACGAGCCAGACAGUUCCCAAGACCUGAUCAACCUGGACACGACCAAUUCCAGCUUUGAGCUAGAAGACUUUGAUCCGCUGAACGACAAUGCUAAGCCAAUCCCGACCGUACCCCGCGCUGGCCCAGUGAAGGCCAGUCGAUCCCCGCCAGCUGUACCCGUUAUUGGUUUCGAUAAUCCAAUCUAUCCUUACUUCACACCGACACAUCUCCGCGGCACUGCCAAAUCGGCAACGUCAUCCCCGUUGUCCACGUCGUUCAAUGCCGCCAUCACAACCAACAAUCCACUACUGAAAAACUAUCAUCACGCACACCAUCAACACUCACUAUCACAAGGAAACUUUACCCCGGCACGAGGUGGACCAUCGGCUGGUGGUCCUGGUAGCGGUUCCACUCAGCUCAUCAAUAGCGCACAAGACGAUUUCGAACUGUUACGAAACUAUGGUCUAGAUAAGUUCUCGCUUCUAGAUAGCGCUAAUAUCGAUACAGAGAAAAAGCAACAACUACUACAACAAAAACAUCACAUGGCAAGUCUUCUAAGCAACAACACAGUUCAUCACCAGCAACAGGGAAAUGCGAACACUAACGGUAGUAGUCAUAACGGUAGUAAUAGUAGAAGUAGUAGAGAUAGUGGAUGCAGUAAGUUGAGUAGUGUAACAAAUUUAGUGAACGGUCGCGCGAGCAGCGGUAGUACUAGCUCCGGCGGUACCCGAACGUUCAACAACUGGACCACUUUUGACUGAUAGGUUUGCUUUUGUGUAUAUAUUUAGGGUUUCGGCAUUUCGCUAGGAAAAUCAACCGCAGAGUCGUAAUUUUUGUGAGCGUUUAGUUUUCUUUUGUGUUGAAGGUAUGUUUUUUUUUGUUGUUAUGAAUUCAUUGUUUUUUUUUCUUCAGUGUGAUUGACUUCCACUACAUAUAUGUAUAUAAAAGAAACAAGAAUAAGUUGUUACAUUAUUUAUAUAGAAACACUAGCCGGUAGUAAUUUAUCUGGAGGGGUAAAUAGCCUAAACGAUACAAGUACAGAUAAUCAAUGUCAGCAUCGCGCGACUGCAGAAAACUUUGCAUUUUGGAAUGAUCGACAACCAAAACUACAACCUAGCUUGUAAUUGAAACACAAAAAUGAAUGACAGUUAUUAUCAACACUGCUUGUCACACUUCUAAUCAUAGUACUAGUGGAAAGUGAUCGAAUCGAUAUAGGAAAAGUUUUAAUAAAUAUAAAUGAGAGGAACAGUUCGUGUUUAGAAAAGCAAUGUUUUGAACAGGUGUAUAAGAUUGAGAACAGAUACAUAUUUAUAACGUUAGUGAAGAGAAGACACAUAAGGUGAAAAUUUUAAACAGAAAAGGCAUACUUAUAAAGAUAUUAAAGGACUCUUCUAGUGUUGAUAGCAUUGUUAGGUAACUUUUUAAGAGGAUUAACAAAGGAUGGAAAAGACAAACAAACAAUUCAGUGACGACAGUAUUUUAAUCCGAAUGAGAUACAUCACAAAUGUGUAGCAUGAUAUACCACUCGACUAGCUCUAUUAAUAUUUCGAUAUUGGUUUUGAACUGAAAAUGGAGGCUGCUAGUAAUGGUAAAAAGAUAUGUGCAGUACAAACGGUGUAGGCAAAUAAAUAGUUUCGCCAAUUAAUCAAUGUCGGUACGCCAUUACAUCGUUUGAAAACGAUAGUAUUUCGCGAGUACUAGAUGAUCUACCCAAUAUCGCGACGUUUUUAACGAAAAAUAGUAAAAGAGUUUGUACGCGUGUCUUCACCAUCAUAAUUAUAAAAUAAUGACGAAUAUUUUGGAAAACUUGUUAAAUUAUCCAGUACCAUCUAUGAAAAUUUUACGUGCUCAGAUAAAUCGAUUUCACAAAUAUCUCCUAAAGCACUCCGCCAAGCAUGAUAAUAAUUGCAAAAUUAUUUUCUGCUUGUUGCUUGCUUGCUUUUCUGAAUUUUAACCCAGUAUGACUCAGCAUAUGAAAUACCAUAUAUUAAUAAAAUAUAUGGUAUUUCAUAAAAAAAAAAUAACAUUUUUCAGAAUAAUUUUAUACAAUAGAAGCGCUUUGAAACUUUUUUAAAAUUUGUAAUGAGCAUUCUCAACAACUUUUUAUAUAAUUCGACUGGGUUUUCGAACACCAAAAUUGACCAAAACUAAAACCCAAAUAUAAACAAUACAUUUACUUCAAUUUCUAUUGAACAAAUGGUCAUGAGAGUUGCGGCAGAUUUGCCGCUGUACGAAAAAUUGGUGAAAAACUGUAAAAUCUGCUGGUAGUUCAAGGUAUGAAAUUUCAUACGGUAGGCUGAACCGAUUUGUUCCUAAGGAUAAACAAUUUCUUCCUUACAACUCUGAGGGGGUUUACAAUUUUCUUAUUGAUUUGAACGUUAAAUCUGUGCAAUCAAAGUCAACAAAUGCAAGGUACGAUGUAGUUAAAGGCUGAUUCUCAGCAGAAUAUCUGUUCAUAUAAAUUCUCGUAUACAAAUGUCCUUUGUCUUAUAAUACUUACAUUUUGAAGGAAAGAUGGUUUGAUGCAACAAAAUUAUGCAUGGUCUUUAGACCACCCGGCCCCCUGGGAACUAUUGAACUAAGAGGUCCCUAUCAUUGAAGCAGAUGUAUAGUAGGAUGGUUCUUCAUGCCACUUUAAGUAUUUUCCACAUUUAAGCAUAGUAGGCCAACAAUUAAGUUUGUAUGGGAAAAAUCUUCAAAAUAUAUGAUGAAGAAAACAUAUUUAGAAUUUACGCCACCAGGUGGUAUUAUACACGCAAGAUGAUCUGAAUUGAUCCAAAAAUGUUAUUGGCAAGAGACUAUCAUGCGCAAGAUUCCCAAAAAAUCAAAAUCCCUUACACCCUAAGGUAGAGUGGCUAGCGAUGAAACGGAUAAAGCAUCAUAUCACAGGGAAGAUUAGUGUUUCAAUCUAAGAUUUCCGAAAAGAGAUAAACUGUAAUAGGAGUUGGAAAGACAUUAGUAGGCUAGAAAUAAAAGAAAUUGCGUGAAGUUUCUUUUAACACCAUUGGCACAAUGUAGCCGUAAUCAGGCAAAUUAACAUGAUGUGGUUAUCUUAUCUUCAUAAGUGCAUGACGUUGUUUGAGAAUGAAGAAAGCCUUAACCAAGGAGAAAUGAUGAAGUUAGGUACCGUCCAAUAUGUGAACGUUGUCUAUGGUGGUUUUCGUAAACUAAGUCAGUUGAAAGCUAGGACACGUUUUGGGAAAUCAUCAAUGCAAAAUAUUAUAAUAUUUAUUUUAUUGCUUUUGUGUUACAAUAUCAGCCCACCGUGCAAAAUUUCAUAUUUGUUUUUUCGGAAUAAAGCAUUCACAAAUGGAGAGCGAGUAAGGGCGCUAUAACCCUGGCUCAUUAGCCAGGGCAGGGCUAAAUACUUCUGUCCCAUCCCAGGAAUCUAGGACCAAAGGAGUGACAUUAACCCUCUUAGCAAAGUCAUUCCCAAUGAUUUAUUAAACCGCCAUCAAAUUGAAACGGUUGUGUACAGUUGUCCACUUUUUUUUUUUAAAUUUUGAUUAUAGAGGUUUUAACCUUAAGGUCAUUCGCCUCUUCGGGUUAGAAAAAUCUCUUAUGAAAAAUUUCUAACCCUAUGUGCGGGGUCGGGAAUCGAACCCAGGGGCGCUGCGUACAAAGCAAUCGAUUUACCAACUACGCCACACCCACCCCCUUGUCCACUUUUCUUCCUUAUUCAAGAAUCAAAAUAAUCCGUUGAUUAAAUUAUUCAUUGAAUGAUUAGUUUGAUUGCCAUAUAAUUUUGAAUCAUCUUUAUUUUGUACGCUGCACAGUUGACUUGGCCGCUUUAAUGCUUGUGUCAUAUUCAAUAUGUGCCACAAACAUUAAUAAUGACAAGAAAAAUUGUGGACGAACGUCUGCAAUUUGCCAGGAUCCCUACAUGUAUUGGCUGUGUAUGUGUAGACUAGACUAGAAUAAAGCAUUCCCAAGUGGUUAUGAUAUUUAUCCCACACUUAUUUCCACCAUAGCUGGGUUAUAAUGGCUUAAGUUGUGCUAUUUUCCAUCGCAGUAAAAACACGUACUAUAGUAACUGAUACGACCCGAUCUAAGUCCCAACUGAUGCUGCCAAGACUUUGAAAAACGUAUGACUCCGUUUGGCAAGAAAUGAUCCUAUAUGUCGUAACUCUGCAUUCUCGCCUCAAGAUGCAUCCAGGAAAUUUCUGCAAAAUUAUUCGUUUCAGGUGAGUAUGAAUGGGUCGAAGUCAGGAUCGGUUUCUGCCAUGGUGUUGCACGCCUCUGAAAAGUUCCAGACGAAAUGAAAUAAAAGCAAAUACAUAUAAGUCAUAAGCAAUUAUUUUAACGCGGAAUCCUAGUGCAAGGAAUAUAUCGCAAACUAAGGUGUCAGCAAACGGACAUGAAUUCUCUUGGAUGAAUCAAGUCAACUACUUGCGUAAAUGCGACAAGCUCGUCAAAUACCGUAAUUCGCUGAUAAAUCGCAUCACAACGUCAACUUGAAAUUGCUGUUGUAUAAUACUGUACAAACAAUUCAUAGCUUCUGGAAUGGAUGAACACAAGAAUUUAAUAAAUAAAGCACAAAAUAAGCCCUCAUGCUUAAACUGCAAGUGAAGUCUUAAAGCAAAAAUAAAACACGUUGUUGUGUACAAUUUCAAAAUCAAGACCCCCAUAUAUAUGGACGAGGGGAAAUUCUAGGUUCCGCUACAUGGGGGCCUAUUCUCACAGUCACGUCACUUGGUGACUAGAACAAAAUUUCCUUCUAGUCACUAGGUGACGUGACUGUGAGAAUAGGGCCCAUGAUCUGGUACUACUUGCAAAGAUUCAUGCCGUAUUUUGGAGAAGAGGAAUCCAUUACGGAGAAACAUGAAGAAUCAUUAUUCUGCUUGUUUCAUUCUAUAACAUCCCGACUACACUAACAGCUAGCUAAAUCCGUCUAGAUCUUCGCUGGAACGGAAACCUCGUGCAAUUGAAUAAAUUGUAAAUUUAUUUUCUGAAGACACUCCUGUAAAUCUACAUCCGUAAAUGACGUUGCAUUUUUUGAGUGAUUUUCGACACCUCCAUCGUAGCAUUUCGUCACAAACCUCUGAGCACUCCUCUGAUCAUAACAUAGCAUUGCGACAACCAGCCCUCCAUUCACUGAAGCUAUGUAUGUAUUUACUGUUCGAAAAUUAGCUAAGAAAAAAACUGUCCGUCCUUAACUACGCAUAUGUUCAAGAAUUUUCCAGCGUAAUUAGGGUUGGCUGGAAGGUUUUAAAAGCAAUAAAAAAACAUUUUUCGAAACGAAAUAUGAAUCCUUUAGCACAGGAACCAAUGCACAGGAGUCGGAAACGCCAAAAACAUGAACUUAGUUCUCUAGAGGCCAAACCAUCGAAUAUAUUCACAGGGUGUCUUUGGAGGAAUUGUUCUUAUGAAUAUUCCUCACAAUCUGAUAACAAUUGAAAUUAGGCAUGGCUUACAAAGUUGGUGUCUUCGACAAAGUUUUAGAAAUGCUCAUAGUGAAGAACUUUGUUGAUGAACUUGAGCUUGUAGAACUAAAGGUUAUCGAUUUAUAAGGCGCUUUCUAUGGCAACCCCCUUAAAUCUAGUUUUUUAUAUAACUUUUUAUUGUGACUUUUCGUGCAAACUAUGUUCAAGACAAAUGUGUAGGUAUCAAAACUACAUAACAGGGCCCUAUUCUCACAGUCACGUCACUUAGUGACUAGAAGGAAAUUUUCAUCUAGUCACUAGGUGACAUGACUGUGAGAAUAGGGCCCAUAAUGUCGAAAACAGAGUGUAAAAAUACUCAUUCGUUUCAAAGUUAUUGAAGAUUUUUACAUUUUUUACACCAACUUCAACUAAGUAUAAGAAAGAAAGGUGCAAACAAAAAUGCACGAACAGGCACAUUUUUUUCACUGUCUAAACUAUGCACAAUAAAGCUAAGAGGGUUUUGUGCGUGGCACUCUAGAACCCUAUGAAUAGGGUAAGCUUACUUUAUCAUGUUAGUUUGGCACAAAUCGUCAUCCUGCAUAUUUAUUGGAUCUUGUCGGUAUGAAAACAUUCCAAUUUGUUUUUUCGUGGGUAGUUUGUUGUUAAUUUUGCCUGACUAAGUAUCGUCUUUACGCAUGGGCAUACUGGGUCUGGGCUAGGAGGCCCGGAGUUUUAGGGGUCUCGCGAUAAGGACAGGUGCAUAAAUCAUACUAGCUGGCUGUUAGCGAAGUGGAAUGUUCAUUGAAAAACAAAAUGUGGCAGCUCUGAAACCACGUUGUGUCCAGUUUCAUCACAUCAGAAACGUGCUGCUGUCCACGUUCAUAUUGUUAAUUGCUUUUCGUAGAAUGUGAUAAUGUUAUGUCAGCCCUAUUAUAAUGCCUGGUCGAAAGGAGCAAACAAAUGAACCCCCGGCACAUCAUUUCUGAUUUCAGUUAGCUCCGCCUGAAGUACAACGCGUUCAACUGAGCGGUAUUGUUGUAGUUUAUAUCAUAUGUACUUCUAGUAUAUAAGAAUUUUUUAGCUUUAGAACUAAAGGUUAUCCACGAAAUUACCCUACGUAGAAACUGUGGCCAACAAUUAAUUCGUUAUCCAAAUUAAGAAAACGAAUCAGCUUCUGAUAUGUAAUAUUUGAAAACAGUUUUGAAUUGCUCUCUAUACUUUUACACAGUAGCAUCUGUAACUUCUCUCUUUCUUCUACAUUCGUUAAAUUUUCAUUUCAUUUGUAGCAGCAUCUGAUUUGUUUAGCUGCUGUUUCGUAAUUUCCCAGAUCUCUUGGCUUACAGAUUCUCCGGGCAGUUUGCAAUACGCCAACUUUGUACACAACAUUCAUCUUGAUAGUUCUAUACAAUUCUAGAACUGAUUUUGCACAACGACACGAUGUCAAAUCAGGCCAAAACACAGAAGGACCAAAGAGGUAGUCGACAUUUUCGAGGGCACUCUUUGUGAUAAAUUCUCCGCUCUGGUUGAUACUUUCUGGUUGCGACAUAAAUCUGUUUUUGUUUGCAGCAACUGCAGAUUGCUUGCGAGACCACAAAAUCCUGGCCAAUUUCGAAUUGUUUGUAUUUUUCGGCGCUGCUAAAUUUAUUUCUGGCGGUAAACAUCAAGCACUUCUGAAGCUAUAGCCGCGCACCGUUUCUAAAUUUGCGAUGGCAUAGAUUCGAAUUCUUGCGAUUUCGAAGCUGCAUUUUCUUAUGUUUGCUUGGUGAACUUUUCAGGUUAUGUUAAUUUAAAGAAACAAAUCUCACCAAAUUUUCCGAGCUAUAUAAAUAAACUUCAGAAAAUUAACGGAAUAUGAACGUUUCAUAUUAAAAUGUAUUUCAAUAAAAUUUGAUAAUUCUGCGACAUUCGGAGAAGAAGUGUGGUGCAAUUUUUCCGAAUGUGUAAUGCAAAAAGUCUGAUCACGGUAUGAACCAACAAAAAUUAAAUUAGAAUAAAUUUUUCCCCGAUUUUUCCCGCAUUUAAUGUAUCAAAAAACGUUAUACUUCAGCGAUAGACUUCUAAACUAGCAAUGUUCGCCCAUCUAUCAAUGGGAAUUGGUAUCUAUUGCCCAGGCCCUUGCGCAGAAAAUUCUCAAGGAGGGGGGGAGGGGUUUGAUUUUUUUUACGUUUAUUUUAAAAGAAACGUACAUAAACCCUCAAAUUUGUGAACCAAACGACUCAGCUCAAAAAAUUGGGUAAAUGUUUGUUAUCGAGAAGGAGUCAUCAAAAGACACCGCUGCAUAGUGGUCGGAAGCCCCAAAAACGUGAACUUAAUUCACUAGAGGUUGUAGCCCGUCAGGGUAACAAUUUAGCACUGGGUGUAAAUAUACCUAUUUUUGGGUAUACACUCCGUAGAGUGUAUUUGUUGACAUGUAAAAUUAUGCUAUGCACCGAGGCGGUUUGUCGGUUUUGUUGUGGUCGGGUGGAAGGCGGCCAUCGCGGUGAUAGUUUAGUUAGUGACAGACCACGGAAUAUGCAAGACGCCCUCGAUAAACUGUUCCAGGACAGUUAACAGCCACAACAGCAAUUGUGUGAGGUGCGCGUGUGUGACGGAAGAUAUCCGUCGAAAAGUGCCGGCCCGUGGUUUCGGCACUCGUAUUGUGUAUGGUGCUGGACGUCGGGGGAAGCUAAUUAUAAAGGAGUUUUCGCUUCCCUGGCUAACCGCAAAGGAUCCGGACGCACCAUUCCGCCCUCGCUGGGAAGGAUUAGCCGAACGAGCCUUGCUCUCAGCUAAUAGCCAAGGAGGGCGAAGCAGGGUGGACAACGGCUCCCCUUGGGAAGAACACAGCGGUGUCUUCCAGGAUUCUUUGCUAGGAGCAAAGAAUCUGGUGAUUCGUCACCACCGUCGCUAGGGAGGUUCCGACAAAGGAGCAAAGCUCACUGUUACGGACCGCUGCCGGAGCAGCCAACGACCACAGGAGAAUACGGCUGUUGUAGUCCCUGCCGGUCGGAAGCAACCGUCCGCCUUCCCGCCAUCGUCAGCAGCAGCGGACCGUAAGAAACGACCAGUGAAGAGUUGAGGAAGAAUACACGAUAAAAGUAAUUUAUUUAUUUGUUCACUUUUUUGUUGUUACGAAAAUCCGAAACUCUGUAGAGACACCUAGGCCGCCCUGAAAAGAAGGGUUCGCCGGGCAAUCAGGACCCGAGUAGUGGGCAAACCGCUACUUGCAAGAUCAAACCAUCGAAUAUAUUACCAGGGUAUCUUUAGACGAAUUGUUUGUCAGAAUAUUCCCCACAAACUGAUAAAAAUCAAAAUUAGGCAUGGCUUACUACGAUCAAACUAAAAAAAUAACUUUUAUAAAAGACGGGGUAGAAAGUUGGUGUAUUCGACAAAGUUUUAGAAAUGCUCGUAAUGAAGAAUUUUGUUGAACGACUUGAGCUUGUAGGGCUUAAAGUUAUUGAUUUAUAAAGCGUUUUCUAUAGCAACACCUUUAAAUUUAGUUUUUUUAAUAUAACUUUUUCCACUUUGACUUUUCGUGCGCACCAUGUUCCAAACAAAUGUGGAGGGCCUUAGAAAACGCUUUAUAAAUCGAUAACAUUAAGUCCUACAAGUUCAAGUUGUUCAAUAAAAUUCUUCAUUACGAACAUUUCUACAACUUUGUCGAAGACACUAACUUUCUACCUCGUCAGUAUAAAAAGUUAAUUUUUCUAGUUCAAUCAUAGUAAGCCAUGCCUCAAUUUAAUUUUGAUCAGAUUGUGGGGAAUAUUCAUAGGAACAAUUCCUCCAAAGACACCCUGUGAAUAUAUUCGAUGGUUUGGCCUCUAGUGAACGUUUUUGGUAUUUCCGACCACUGUGGUCGUGGUGAAUUUGGAUUGGUUUGUAGUAGUUGUUAAGCCAACCGACUAAACGUAAACCUCUUGUAUCUCACCAACCUCAUCCAUCAGGUGCAACCGUUAAGUACUGCUUUGUGUUCUUACUUAUUUUGUUUUGUGUUAAUCGUCAUGUUUUUAUCCAUAGCUACUUUUCCUUACUUGCUGUCCAACCUUCGAGAUACAUCUGACCUGCUCAGGUCUGCUGCAAAUAUCGUCACCUGAUGAGACAUGAACAGAGACCGGAGGUGUCGACCAUAAGGAUUUAUUUCUGUUUACAGCCAUCUUCGUCGGGCUUCUUAUCUUUCUUGGUGCUAGUCGUUCCUAUUUAUCUGCUAGCUGGUGCUGAGAACUUCUCGGCGGCGGUAUUUCACCCUAUACCGAUGGCCAUUUUCGCGAUCUAUUUCGCUGCCAUUCCAACGGAAUAAUCAUCGGUGGUAAAAUAUCUCUAGACAACGGUAUCCCGAUUUUCUCCAACUUCGUGUUUUUUCUCCUUAGCUGCCGUUGCUAGCCCGCUAACCGACAUCUGCUGUCUACUCACUACUGUUGCUAAUAUCGAUGCUUAUCGAAACGUGAACCGAUCCUUCAGAGAAGCCGUUCAACUUGACAUACAUCCCUUUCCAGCCACCCUCGCAAAGUUUCGUCCUUGGAUUCCUCAUUGACUUGUUUCUAGAGUGACCGAACUCAAAUGACAUUGUAUUUGUCAAAACGGUUUGCGUUACAUUUUUUCCUGAACAGGAAGUUAAUAAAUUUUUAAAAGUAAUUCAAAACCUUCAGAGGGGAGGAGUUUGAACCACCAACCCCCGCACGGGCCUGGAAUAAAUAAAUAAAUUAUAGGGGCACCUUUGUUCGAUAGUGGCCAGAGGCCCCGAGGGGUCUUAAGAUGUCCCUGGCAUGACAUUCGAUUUUUUUGACACGGCUUCAUGCGUUAGGUUGACUGAGCCAUUGGUCUUUUUUGGUAUACAAUGUGUAAAAAAUAAAAAGUAAAACUAAUCCCAUUCCUGGCUGAUGGAUCCUGUUGACGCACUAGCACUAGCUGUAUUGUACACCGCAACUUGGGAGUCAAUCAGUCAUAAAGCUAUUGCUACCGAAUUCUUGAUGUUCUUGUUUGUUUCUUGCUCUUACCAGUCGAUAUUGUACAUCUGUCUUCAUUGGCGUUUGCACUAGGCCCAAUCGUUGUUACUACAUAACUGGUACUGGCAAUAGGUUCCGCGUUACAAAAUACAUCAGUUAUUAGAUGGAUUUUUGAUUGUGUUUUAGUUUAACUGACCAGAGUAGGUUCAAAGCGUUAUUUGCGUUCCUUUGGUUACAAAAGUCAGAUUAGAUGAGAUAGAUUUGGUCAGCCCCUCGAAACGAACGCUGUUGUGAACGCCUGUGAAACAGUUUCUCCAAAUAGCGCUCGUAACGGGUGCAAUUUCUCCGUUUUCCAACAUGAAUAUUUUAAUGUGGUCUGUUUUGGUGCGCGGUGCUAGGUCGUGUGAACGUUCUUCAAUUUUAUCGUCAUCGUUAUAAACAGGGUUGGUUCUUGGUUCUAAAGUUGGUAUGUUCGACUUGGUGUUACAUGUUGUACUUUGCAAUGAAGUUUCCUGCCUAGGUUAAACUUGCGUUGCCAAUACCCGGAUACACAUAGGCUAAACUUUUCAAUGUUACCGGAUACUGACGUGGUGUAGCUGUAUAUAAUCUUGGGAUGAAGCUCAAUAUCACUUUUAGUUACUGUUCCACCUCGUAGACUGCAGGUUUAAUAUUAGUAAAUGGAAAUAGUGUUUUCCUGUAGUACCGAUACUGUUAUUUUGUGUGGAUCGCUCAUUUGACUACGAAGCGGGAAGCAUCGAUGCUAUAUGUUUUGUGCAGUGGACAAGUAACAAAGCAGUAGGUUCAAUUGUUUGCUUACUUUACUAAUAGAUUUUCCUUCCCAAAAUCCGACAGAACACCAUUCAACACCAACAUCGUUGUGCAUAGUCUUAUACUAUUAAUAGUAGCUUCCAUUCAUCUUAAAAUUAAUUCUUGAAAAUAUAAAUUGAUACUCUUAUUUCUGGGCCGCCGUCGGAGAAAACAUUUUCUAUAACAAGUUUUGUACUAUUGUAUAACGAAAAAUCAAAUCAACACGUAUGCUAUAUUUAAUACUACCUAUUUAAAGUAAAUAAAUAAUUUUGAUACUUCGAUUUCUCUAGUUAGUCUUUGAAAACAAAAUUGCCAUAUAAACAUCAUUUUAUUCAUCAGCAGCAAAUAAAAUUUGUAAUCGUACCAUAAGAAGCUAAUAAAAACACAAAUAAAAGCAACCAGUACAUAUUAAUUCUACAUUUGGAUAGCGGUGGACUGUUUCUCAUCAUCAGCUAGGAAAACGAAUAUAGACACCCACAAAAUCGAGAUAGGUCCAUCUUGAAGUUCAAUUACGUAUUUUGAAAGACUCGGAAACUAGUAUCAAAACUCAUGUCAUUUAUCGUGAAUAUAGAUUGGAAUGCAAAUUUCGUAGCAAUAUGUACCGAUGAGUUGUAAACAUAUUCUUUUCAAAAAAUCCAAAUCGUUAGCGUGAUACAUAAAACACAACUUUAAUCGAUUUUAACUCGACAAAAACCACCUUUUCCCAAAGCAACGCUAAAAAUAACUUUUCCCCCUCAGAUCCAGUUUUUGCGAAAGGUACUAGAAUUACGAAAAGGGCUAGGUAUAUUUAUAGCGAAGAAAUUGAUAGAAACAAAACCAAACAGAUAUCCAUAUAAACGGUUGCCAAGAUGACAGACAAGACACGUUUUAAAAUCUACCCGAGUGAAAAGACAAAGUCGUAGUGGAGAGAGUAGGUCAUAUUUAAACGGAACGAGAAUUUUAAAUUUGGAUAAACGAUAUAACUCAUUAUUAGGAUAGGGAUGAAUGUUUGUCAAACAAACACAGCGUGGUAAUAAAGUUGUUCGAAUGCUCAAAACAAAUUCCCAAACUAUCCCAACUAUUUGCACCCGCGUAUCUUAUCGUCCUCGUCCAGUUGUUCUAUCGCUUUUUGACCGUAGCAUUCCAAUUCAUACUUCAGAACCCCCUGCUUCCUCGAUUGCAACUUUCUAGUGGGCACAGAUUGUCGAGAACAACAAUUAUAUAUUAAAUAUAUAGAAAACGGUUUGAAUAUGCUUUAUCUCAAGGAUGAUUGAACACGUAUAGGUAUAUGUAUAUUUUGCAAAGCAUUCAAAAACAGUUACGAAAUUUAUUUAUUGAACAAACACCAGAGAAAACUGCUGGAAAUUUGCAGCACCCAAAUUUGUUCUCGCGUGAAACAUGCAACAAUGAUAGAGGUUUAAAUAAAAGUUGAAAACAAAAAACUCAUUAAAGACAAAAAUUCAAAAUUUAUCACAUAUGUGUAAAAGUUUACGAAAUAACGCAAAAAAUAUACAACCAAAAUCGAGCAUAGGUAUUGAAUGUUUGGUCAAAAACUGCUAAGUAAAACUACAUUUGAAGAACAAAACGUUCCGGAACUCCACGGUCAAAGACAUACAUAUAUCGUAACACGAUGAUGAGCCAUGAGAGCACAGAUAUUGCAACUGGAAAGAUGCCAGAGAGUGUGGAACUGAAGAAGGCGCAAAAAUAAAAAUCAUUUAAUGUUUAUCAAUGCGAA